UUUGUAAAUGCAGGAAUGAAUCAGUUCAAGAAUGUCUUCCUCGGGACCAAUGAUAGGCCCUGUGAGCGUGCGGUAAACUCACAAAAGUGCGUUCGAGUGGGUGGAAAGCACAACGAUCUGUCCGUGGUCGGUACCGAUAGCUAUCACCAUACGUUCUUUGAAAUGCUGGGGAACUGGUCGUUCGGAGAUUAUUUCAAGCGUGAAGCUUGCCAGAUGGCUUGGGAUCUGCUGAAGAAUGUGUAUCGAAUCGACAUCGAUCGAGUGUAUGUAACAUAUUUUGGUGGAGACCCAAACCUGAACCUUCCAGGAGACGACGAAUGCCGAGAGAUUUGGUUGAACCUAGGUAUUCCUCAGGAUCGAAUAAUUCCCUUCGGAGCGCGGGACAAUUUCUGGGAGAUGGGUAACUCUGGUCCUUGCGGACCAUGCACUGAGAUACAUCUGGAUCUCUCGAACGAGUACAAGCAUACGAAAGCCCGACGGCAUUUGGUAAACGCCGGAGUUCCUGAUCUAACUGAGAUAUGGAACAUUGUGUUCAUCCAGUACAAUCGAUCGCUCGAUGAUGGAGCAAUUCGUAAUCUACCUCAGCACCACGUGGACACGGGAAUGGGAUUGGAACGACUAGUCGCGCAUCUACAGGGGAAACUAAGUAACUACGAUACGGAUUUAUUCAAACCGAUAUUCAGGCAUAUCCAUAAGGUGACGAAGAAGGAUCCAUAUCGAGGUUGUUUUGCGAGCAACGAUAACUAUUAUGAGCUAGAUACCGCUUACCGAAUCCUUGCUGAUCACAGUCGAAUGAUAACGGCUUGUCUGGCAGACGGAAUGUUUCCAUCUCAGAACCAUAAACUUAGGCGAAUUAUUCGCAAAUCCCUUGCUUUUGCUAGUCGCACCUUCGAGUAUCCGGAGCUGCUACGAGAGACCGUUCCUUGCGUCGUGGAAAUCCUAGGCGAUGUGUAUCCCGAGAUGAGCAACAAUUUGUCGAGCAUGCUGCAAAUAAUCGAUCACGAACGGCAUUCCUACGAUAAACUGCGAUCGAAGCGAACCAACGAUACGAAUGCUCUUCUGGAACGGUUCCCACAGCUGGACGAAUCAGAAGUGCUCGAACACGCCGGUCUGCCUGGGGCUAUCAAAGAGUUAACGCAAAUGGCACCGACCCAUCUGAACGGUGCCACCAUUCACAAAAUGUACGACACGUUUGGACUGGACGAGGAACUGCUCGUUAAGCUUGGGGAAAUGCUAAAAUUUUCUCUCGACUUCCGAGAUUAUGAGCAGCACGUUCGAAAGCUCAAAGAGGGGUACAAGCUGGAACUGGCGACCCAAUUGCAGUCCCGUCUUUCGGCGUAUCAAAGUCUAAAGGAAUCACUCGAUAAUACCACCCUCAAGACGACUGGAACCGAACGAAAGUAUAACUAUGCAUUUAACCAAGAAAAAGGAUUGUACGAAGUAGCGCCCUGUCAAGCGAACGUUAGUCUCCUCCUGGAUGAUGAGUCUCGCAACCAGUGGCAUGUGGUGACAGAUAAGAGCAACUUUUACUGCGAAUCUGGAGGGCAGCAAGGCGACAAAGGACGACUGACGGUCGGAGGAGGUUCGACUGAAGACGGGAAAUCUUUCGAAGUGACCACCGUUACGGAUCAUAAAGGCUUUAUUAUGCAUUCUAUCGAGAAGCAACCGAAUGUUACCUUAUCAGUUGGGGACCGGGUCGUUCUGCAGAUUGAUUCAAACCGAAGGACACAGCUAACGGUCAAUCAUACCGCAACGCAUUUAUUGAAUGCAAUGGUCCGCAAAAUGGUACCUCUUCCAAUGUGUCAACGUUCCAGCGCAGUCACGGAACGUGGUCUUCGGUUGGAGCUAGCUAUUAGCGGAGAUAAGAUCACGCUCGAACAGAUAUCCGCAAUCGAGGGGGAAAUUCGAUCUGCGAUAUCCCGAAACGAACCCAUCGGCGUCAGGGUUUGUAAUGCAAAGGAUCUGGAUUUCGCUAAAAUAACUACGGUCCCCGGAGAAACGUAUCCGGAUCGGGGCUUGCGAGUCGUCUCGAUUGGAAACAUAUCGAGUGAGCUAUGCUGUGGGACCCACGCUAUGAAUACGGGAGAACUGCAAGAUUUUGCCAUCACAAACGUGACGCAAUCCAAAAGUGGGUGUUUUACCUUCCACGCAGUUGCCGGUCCGGCAGCUAAGAAGGUACACUUCCUCGGUGCACAAAUCCAAAGCGAUGUCGGGCAACUGCAGCAGGAUGCGGAACAAAACGAGAGAAGCGAGGAUAUCACCAGCAUAGAGACACGGAUGCAGCGGCUUAAAAAUGUGCUUCUCACCGGAAUGGACAAUAAUAUUCACCUGCCAUACUGUGUCCGGCAGCGAUGUUUGAAUGUGAUCAACACACUUUACCAGAAGCUCAAGGACCGUUCGAGGGAGUCAUUACGGGAACUAGUCGACAUCGAAAUGCGCAACUUGAUGGAACAAAAGCCAGUCACGAGCGAUCGGUUCAUUGUUCACUUCCUCGAGUGUUCUAUCAUUCUCGAGGAGGUGCAGCUGAGUAAAGCGACCCGCUACUGCCCUGACCGGCCGAUUCUGGUGAUCAGCAUCACGGACAAUCAGGUGAAGGCUCGGGCCACCGUCCCGUUGCACAUGGCUAACGAACGGUUCAACGCUGAACGCUGGCUUGGAGUGGUGGCUCAAACGUUUAAAGCACAAACGGCCGCUCCCAAGGGACAGAAUGCGGUCGAAGUAUGCAAUAUGAAGGCUCGCAAAGUUACCAUGCUGCAUUUUGACGCAACGCUUGAAAAAGCGCUUCUCGCGGCCAGGACUUAUGCAGAGGAGCACUUCCAGCAAGUGGGCUAGUAUA